GAUUAAAUCUACAAGGAAUCUGCAAAACUUCCCUGGAGAAGGAAAAAUUAUAUUUAUACGGCACCAGGUAUAACGUAAUCUUUUGGCCAUGUUUCUACCAUUCCAAAACCCUGUCGUUUUGAUUCUCCGCCUACACACGCAUGCGUAAUAUUAUCAUCGAUCCAUUACUUCUUUCAACAAUCCAUUUGAAGCCAAUCGAAUCCAAUUAGAUCAGAGUUGGAUCCGCAAAUCAAUGGAGAACUCAGCACAGCAAGAAACCAACACGAACUUAAUCAACUCUUUCAUGGAGAUCACCUCGUCCACUAAAGAAGAAGCUCAUUUCUUCUUGGAGUCUCAUCAGUGGGACCUUGACGCUGCCGUUUCAACUUUCUUAGACGACGCCACCGCCUCCGCCGCUGUUACAUCGCAACCCGACGCCUAUAAUCACCCUUCCGUUCACUCUCCCUCGCCAUCACUGUCUCACCAGUCGCCGUCCACGUCUCCCUCCGCGUCUCUGUCUCGCUCCCCAUCUAGGUCUCGCUCUCCCUCCCCCGCUCCCGCUCGUGAACCCUACCAGCUGCGAUCGCGCCGCCGACCGGAGAGGAAGGAGGACAAGAGGGCAUCGGGGACGCGUGGCGGGAUUAGAACACUUGCUGACCUCAAUAGGACUCCUCCUGGUGGCUCCGGUAGUGACGAUGAUGAGCCACAGCAGUAUUAUACUGGUGGUGAGAAGAGUGGAAUGCUGGUCCAGGAUCCUACCAGGGGCACUGAUAUUGAUGUGGAUACAAUAUUCAAUCAAGCUAGACGUUCAGCUAUAGAACCACCUUUGGAUUACCAUCAACCAUCUUCGAGCUCAAAAGCCUUCACUGGAACAGCAAGAUUUCUCACUGGGGAGAUGGUGCCAUCUGAUCCUUCUCCACCUGUAGAAGUUAUUCACAACAUUACUUUUUGGAGGAAUGGCUUCACUGUGGAUGAUGGUCCACUACGGAGAAUGGACGAUCCUGCAAAUGCAUCCUUCUUGGAGAGCAUCAUGAGAUCUGAGUGUCCAAGGGAGCUUACCACUCCAGAUAGGAGAGGGGCUGUGCAUGUUCAACUCAGUAAGCGGGACGAAGAGUACUCUGAACCACCAAAGCCCCGGUCUUCUUUUCAGGGUGUUGGAAGAACCUUAGGUAGCAGUGCCACCCCUACACCAACCGUCUCUGAACCAAGUGCUGGUGCCACUUCCUUGACCACUGCUCCAUUGUCAUCGUUGGGUCCAGUUGUGGAUUCAUCCUCACCAACAACCUCGGUUCAGCUGAGAUUAGCAGAUGGUACGCGCAUGGUUUCACGCUUCAACUUAAACCAUACAAUCAGAGAUAUUCAUGCCUUCAUUGACGCAUCUAGACCUAGUGGGUUAAGGGACUAUCAAUUACAGGCAAUGGGAUUCCCUCCCAAGCAACUGACUGAUUUGAACCAAACAAUAGAGGAAGCUGGUAUAGCCAAUUCAGUGGUUAUCCAAAAACUCUAGCUGCAUUGUGUUUCUUUUUAUUCCCCUUUUUUUUAAUUUUUAUUUACCUUUUUCAUUUUAGUCUCAGACUUCCAAGUCAUACUUGCUACAUCAAGCUAAUGGGACUGUAUUUGUCUAAGAUUAACACUAGCUGUGGAUGUAUCAAUUUUUCUUUUGAAUAAUAUUAUGUGAAUCCAGUUUUGAGUAUUAAAUUUGAUACUCAAA